CUGUCCGUAGUCACCGCAAAAGUGUGCAUCGCUUUGAUUAUGUGGAAAAGUUGUUUUUGGGUGAAAUUUUCACUCGUGUUUUUGAUCAUUUUUGCCCAGACCGCUUCCAGUAAACACCAUCACCAUGGCAGCAAGAACAGCAAGCACCAUGGAAGUAAACUUCAAAAAGCAAUACUCAACACGGUGAUGACGAUCCUAGAGAACUAUCUAGAGCACGUCUGGGACGAGGCAAAAGAUGGCAUCUACCACGUCGUUGAUGCCCCUCUGGAUAACCUCGGCGACGUGAAAGAUCUGUUUGAAGCAAUAAAGAACAGGAAAAACAAGAAAAAGCCAGGGAAGAAGCAGAAGCCUCUGUCCAAGUACGGUGCCGGUAUCAAGGACGAAAUCAAGUUCGGCCUUCACGAGAUCAUCGCCUCUCCGAUGGACAACCUGCCGGCCCUCAUUUACAACGACCGCGUCGAUCCGACCGCGCACCCGCAUUGGAAGAUGCGCUCGGAAACUGGAGGGGCAGAGCCCUAGGCUGGAGCUGCAUAUCGCCUGCCUACCCCGAACGUGACCUCAGCUGCUCGUGACGUGGGAGGACGAUGCCGUGGUGUGCUGACCCCGCUGCAUAACUGCCUACCAGCCUACGCACCUAGUGCUUAUCAGCCUGUUGAUGAAACCGCCGUUUCAUGCCUUACACUCACGGGUCUGCUAUAUUGAUAUGCAGCAGGCUCUGUCUUAUCGACUGCCCGGCGGCAUUACCAG